AUGCUUGGACCGUACAUACAUGAGCAUAAACAGGCUGUAGGACGCCGUAACGGAUUAUCGCAAGUGGCUGCCCACACUUACGAGACGGGUCACGAAUUCGCCGUCACAAUCGCGAAGAAAGUCGUCCACGCCGGGAGCAAGACAAGCCGGGAAUUGAUUGAAGCUUGGGCCUCCGACGAGAACUUAGUCAUUCGAUUUAUCGAUCUGGUGCCGGCAGACAUCGCCCUGCGCUCUCAUCUCUGGACUGACAUCGCUGAUGGUUGA